AAAUUGAGUUUUGCUUUAACCUGCACUAUAAUUACUCCAUGUGAAAAUCAAGUUAUGUGAAUUGAUGCACAAAUCUUGUAAUGGCAGGUGGCAAUUUGUCGAUCUAGCAAGUGAUUCAGUCCAAUGGAUGAAGAGGAAGAGGAUAGGGUUUUACUGAGCGCUUUAGGUGUCACAUCUGCUAAUCCUGAAGACAUCGAACGCGAUAUUUUGGAGAAGGCAAGAAAAAAUGCUGGAGACAAUAAUAAAGAUGCUGGAGGCAGAGAGGAGGAAACUCUGGACAGAACAAAGAACAAUGAAACAUCUUCUAGUAAUGGAAAAGCAGACUUGGUUAGCAAAUUGAGGGCAGUUAAACUUGAAAUAGAUGCUGUCAAAUCUGCUGUGGAACAGUUCGACAACUAUAAGGGAGAUGAGGCUGAUGGCGAGGUCAAAAUAGAAGAGGAAAAUGACGGAGUGGAAAGAAAUGGCAUUCAUUCAUCUCCAAAUGAUUUGAACCUUCAGCAUGCUCUUGCUGCAGACCGUUUAAAAAGCCUGAUAAAAACAAGAGUUCAUCUUGAGAAAGAAAUCUCAGAUUCUGCCGAGAACAGCAAACAGGACAGGUUGAUAAGAGAUCUCAUUAAGGAAGAACCCAAAUCCAAGAGAAGGUUGAAAGGAGUUGAUAAAACAAGCCAUAAUCAAAAUAAACGGCUUAAGAGAGUUUCCUUGGACGAAGAUGAUGAUUUUGAUGCUGUUCUAAAUGCAGCAUCUGCAGGAUUUGUGGAAACUGAAAGAGAUGAGUUGGUUCGAAAAGGAAUUUUUACUCCCUUUCACAAGCUUAAAGGCUAUGAACGUCGUAUUCAAGAACCAGGGUCAUCGAGAAGACACGAUGUAGUGGAAAACAAUGAUCUUGCCUCAUCAAGCAUAGCUAGAGUUUCUCGGUUAAUGUCUGAGGCUUCAAAAGCACGCCCCUCGACCAAGAUGCUUGAUCCCGAAUCAAUACCGAGACUUGAUGCACCCAGCAUCCCUUUUCAACGUCUAAGAAAACCAUUGAAGAUCCCUCGGUCCCUUGAAAUGGAAUCUGCUAAAGACAAAGAUCAAAAGAAGAAGAAGAGAAGGCCUCAACCUGGGAAGAAAUGGAGGAGGUUGGUCUCCCGUGAGGAUGAAGGGCUGGACGAAAGUGAUGGGAAGACCUCCAGUAAUGAAGAUGAUAGCCUUGAAGAUGUAGAGGAUGCAGAUGAAGAAGGGUCUGAUUUCGUGACCCUUGAGGGGGGAUUGAAAAUCCCAGAAACAAUUUUUAGCAAACUAUUUGAGUAUCAGAAGGUUGGUGUACAAUGGUUAUGGGAACUUCAUUGUCAAAGAGCUGGUGGAAUUAUUGGAGAUGAAAUGGGUCUUGGUAAAACUAUACAGAUUUUAGCUUUCCUUGGAUCAUUGCAUUCAAGUGGUAUGUACAAACCAAGCAUCAUUAUCUGUCCAGUUACACUCCUGCGGCAGUGGAAGCGAGAAGCUAAUAAAUGGUACCCGGGCUUUCAUGUGGAGUUAUUACAUGAUUCUGUUCAGGAACCAUCCAGUAGGAAAAAGCGUUCAAAAUCAGAUGACAGUGACUGUGAUAGUGAAGAUUUUACUGACAGUGAUUGUGAAGAAAAACCAUCUUCUAAAAACACCAAGUGGGAUUCUUUGAUAAACCGUGUUUUGAGAUCAGAAUCUGGACUACUAAUAACCACGUAUGAGCAACUCCGCCUGCAGGGUGACAAAUUGCUUGAUAUUGAAUGGGGAUAUGCAGUUUUGGAUGAAGGACAUCGAAUUCGAAAUCCAAAUGCUGAAAUUACUCUCGUCUGCAAACAAUUGCAGACUGUUCAUCGCAUAAUAAUGACUGGUGCGCCAAUUCAGAACAAGCUUUCUGAACUAUGGUCUUUAUUUGAUUUUGUAUUCCCUGGAAAGUUGGGUGUGCUGCCCGUAUUUGAGGCUGAAUUUGCUGUUCCAAUAUCUGUCGGUGGUUAUGCUAAUGCAACUCCUCUACAAGUUUCCACUGCUUACAGAUGUGCUGUCGUCCUACGUGACAUGAUCAUGCCUUACCUCCUUCGUCGAAUGAAGGUCGAUGUAGAUGCUCAGCUUCCAAAGAAGACCGAACAUGUCCUUUUCUGCAGUCUUACUCCAGAGCAGCGAUCUGUGUACCGUGCUUUUCUUGCCAGCUCGGAGGUUGAACAAAUUUUUGAUGGAAGUAGGAACUCUUUAUACGGAAUUGAUGUUAUGCGUAAAAUUUGCAACCACCCUGACCUCCUCGAGAGAGAACACUCUCACGGGAAUCCAGAUUAUGGGAACCUCAAACGCAGUGGGAAAAUGACAGUUGUCGCUGAAGUGCUUAAUGUGUGGAAGGAGCAGGGGCACCGUGUUCUUCUUUUUUCACAAACACAACAGAUGCUUGAUAUUAUGGAGAAUUUUCUGGUUGCUGUUGGCUAUAGUUACAGGAGAAUGGAUGGUCAGACUCCAGUCAAACAAAGAAUGGCUCUCAUAGACGAGUUUAAUAAUUCAGAUGAAGUGUUCAUUUUUAUUUUGACGACCAAGGUUGGUGGACUGGGGACAAACUUAAUUGGUGCUAACAGGGUGAUCAUUUUUGACCCUGACUGGAAUCCCUCAACUGAUAUGCAGGCUCGAGAGCGUGCGUGGCGUAUUGGUCAGAAAAAGGAUGUAACAAUUUAUAGAUUGAUUACCCGUGGAACUAUUGAAGAGAAGGUUUAUCAGAGACAGAUAUAUAAACAUUUCCUUACGGAUAAGAUAUUGAAGAAUCCACAGCAGAGAAGAUUCUUCAAAGCCCGUGAUAUGAAGGACCUUUUCACAUUAAAUGAUGAUGGCCAUGGGGGCUCUACUGAAACAUCUAGUAUUUUCGGUCAGUUAUCUGAUGCAGUUAACGUUGUCGGGGAUCGCAAGGGUAAGCAGGAUGCACCAGAACACGUGAAUCCUAGCACAUCAAGCACCGUUUUUUCUGCAACUGAAACAGAAAGUAUGGACGAGGAAAAAACCAAUAAUACUGAUAACAAGGUGGACGAAGAAACAAACAUUUUGCAGAAUCUCUUUGAUGCCCACGGGAUUCAUAGCGCAGUGAAUCACGACGCAAUCAUGAAUGCUAAUGACGAAGAGAAGAUAAAGCUCGAGGAGCAUGCCUCACAAGUUGCACAAAGAGCCGCAGAAGCUCUGCGUCAGUCAAGAAUGCUCCGCAGCCGAGAAAGCAUCAGCGUUCCAACCUGGACAGGCAAAUCGGGAGCCGCCGGUGCACCGUCAUCCGUGAGAAGGAAAUUCGGCUCCACCAUCAAUCCUCAAUUGGCCGGCACUUCAACUAGUAGUACAAGACAAUCAGACGAGAUUCCAAAUAAUGAUAAUAAUAAUAAUACAAGGCGGCUAAAUGGACUUUCAGCUGGAGCAUCAUCUGGUAAAGCAUUAUCAUCGGCUGAGUUGUUAGCCAGGAUCAAAGGGAACCGACAGAGUGCAGCCAGUGAUGGGCUUGAGCAUCAGUUUGUGUUGGGUGGGCCCUCCUCCAAUGGGGGAGGAGAAGGGUUAUCUUCUUCGGCUGGGCCUUCUAGAAGAACGUCUAGCAGCUCAGGAGGGGUACAACCGGAACUUUUGAUUCGUCAGAUAUGUACGUUUAUUCAGCGAAGAGGUGGAAACACGAGUUCAUCGAGUAUAGUGGAUCACUUUAAAGAUAAGAUACCCUCAAAGGAUUUGCCUUUGUUUAAGAAUCUUCUCAAGGAGAUAGCUACGUUGGAGAAAAACCCGAGCGGAUCCUAUUGGGUUUUGAAGCCGGAAUAUGGAGAUCAAUGACAUUCUAUGAGAUUCUCGCUGAUUAGGAUUCUUGAUUUUUGCUUAACAUAAUAACCACACAGGAUCACACUUUUGAUGUACAUCCCACAUAAUUUUUUAUUUUAAUAUUUUUUUUUGGAUCGAUGUAGGUGCAAGUGUCGAGAAAAGCUACGUUCUUUUGCACGUUGUGUUUAAGCAAUUUCAUUGAGGGGGCUUCUGGUUAAAAAAGGUAUAUAUUUUCCCUUUGGUAUAGUCAAGAGGGGUAAAAAAUAUUACCUCUUCUCCCCAAAGCAGAGGAUCGUUGCCUAUUCUACAUCGCGUUUGGCGAAAUUGCGACUCGACUAGCCACAUUUGUCUCUAAAAGUCGAAAUAGUCACGUUAAAUCGGUAGAAAUAGAGUUCGAUCCUCAUUUCCUGUGUUUGUGAACAUGGUUUUUUUGGCCAUCUCAUUAAUUAUUAAUAACCAGUUCUUCA